UAGGAAUGGAGGAGGAGUGGUGGUGGUGAAGAAGGAGGAGAAGGAGGAGUGGUGGACGUCUGGAGUCUGCGGAUCUCCACACCGGUGUGCGCUCUGUUGAGAGCCGGAGCUCAGAGAAGCUCAGUGUGAUCGCAGACUGGAAGCAAAAGAAGGUGCGUGUUUUGCGCGUGUUUUGCGUGUUGCAGCCUGAUCGGAGUCGUGGGGUUUCACGGAUGGUCGUUUAGGGGCAGGGCGGCCAGUUCUGAGUGCUCAGCUCUUGUAGUAGUGUGGCCGAUGUAGGCAGCUGCUGAGUGUGAUGUGUAAUGGCUCCUGUGUUGAGUGCUCUGUGGGGUUCAGGGGUUGCAGGAUCGGAGGUCAGUGGUGAGCUGGCUGUAGUGAGCACGCUCACGGCACUGUGGGCCUUCCUGCUGCUCACUGUGCUUCUGGUACUAUGUGCCAGCUGUCAGGGGCAAAAGAAAGCGACCCGGCUUCCUGGAGACCAUGAGAACCUGAUGAAUGGGGUGUCAGAAAAGGAAGUAUGUAGUCAAACAGCAGAUACAGGCAGCCAUGGCACUGACCUGGUGGCCAGUAGCUCCUUAAAUGGACCUCUUACAAGCGGUACAGUCCUCACAGAUACCGUGGACACGAGUCCACACCCUUCCGAAGAAAUGCUGUCCAUCCAAUCAGAGCAUCGCUCUUCUAAAUGCCCCCAGGACAGAGAGUUACCCAGCAUUCCCUGCACCAACAGUCUGCAGGUAGCAGAUGCACCUGAAGAAUGUAAAACCUCUGGGGACGCCACGUACGAGGUGCUGAAGGGGGGAGUCUCACAGGAUGUUGUGGAGGAUUCACCCUACGAGACGGUGAAAGAGCUAAAGGAGGCAUGCCUCAAUAACGGCACACUGACCCCCAGUGAGCCUUCGACUGCCCAGCACAAUGGGCAUGUGAGCCCCAGCCCUGGCACUCCUGACCUCUGCCCUCUGACAGACGGGUCGGAGUACGCAUCCAUCGACCUGAAGAAGAAGAGCCGCUACAGUGUGGAAGCCGAGGCCCAGCGCACAGUGGCAGAGCAACCUGAGGAGGAGACUCCACCACCUAUACCUGAUAAAGUGCUGGAUGAGAACGAUAACCAGAACAUCACUACGCUGCAGAAUGGAGAGUUAUCGUGCCUGUACCACACUGUGAAUAAGCCGGUGAUGGAGGAGGAAAAGGAACACGACUACAGCAGCAUCGGGGAAAUCAGGGGCAUGGUGGUGGAGUCGAGCUCCAGCGAGCUGUACGCUACGGUAAGAGAUGCGUAUCCCUCGCCCCCUGCCGAGCAGCCUGCGGAGAACACAGACCCCGGGUACGAGACCAUCAAGAUCACGAAGAGCGUAGAGGACGAGGGCCAGCAGGAUAACGGUCUGAUGGAGUCUGACUACGCAAAUGUCGGAGAGCUGGAGCUGAAUAGCGAGACGUCUCGUCUCUGACUGAGAGUUGCACAGCACUUCAGUGAAUCUGAGUGAUGUAGCAUGGCUCAAAUGGACUUAGGUUAGCACUUAUUUGGCACUCCAGCAAAUCAAAUAAAUAUGGAGUCACAAACUUGUGCUUAUAGUGUGAAGGUGCAAUAGAAAAAAAACGUUUGAUUUGUUGUCACAGCUCUAACGCUCCUGGUUCGAUCCUAAGCUCGGGUUACUGUCUUUGCAGACUCUCUGUGUACAUGUGGGUUUCAUCAGGGUUCUCUGGUUUCCUUUGACAAUUGAAAAAGCAUGCCAGUUGGUGGAUUGGCCAAGAUAAAUUCCCCCUUCUACAUUUUCUUCAAUUAGCCAGUCAGUUCCUGUGUUAGACUCCAGAUCCACCCUGACCAGUUACUGAAGAUGACUGAACAACUGAAUGAUGUUCUCAUGCUAUUAAGAAUUCGCACGAUCAUGAUUCUACAUGACUUCUGAUUAGUUUUACGUGGAUCCAGACAUACUGCAACAGUCAUUUUAUUAGCUAAAGAAAGUCAGUGUAUGUAUAGUAUGGUGAUGUGAAUAUUCUGGUGCCAUAAUUUAUAGUCACCGCAGUGCUUACGCUUGACGCUUAGAUCCGACAACACCGCUGUAGCAAGAUGCAUCUUUUUGAAUUACCUCGCUGCUUUUGAUUUGAAAAUCAAGAUGCAAAUACAUUUACAUAACUAAUCUAAUGUAUAGAAAACAAUGACUAUUUUGGAUAUUUUGGGUCUGUGCCAUUCAGUCAUUAGAAGUUUUUAGUUAGACUUUUAAUUAUACAGAAAUUAGCUAUUUAAUUACAUUUCUUUAGCCCCCAAAUUGUUUUAUAGAUAAAGCAGUGAUCAGACAACAUGAAAAUAUGAUUGUUGAAAAAAAGCAGAUGGGGAAACGCUGUAUAUGAGGUGCAUUUACUUUCAAACAGACUUUAACCACUGAUCUCUCUCUUUGUUUUUUGUUGUUGUUUUUUUUACUGGAAGCAGUAGAUAAAGCGGUAUUAGCAUAUGGUAAAAUGUGGCAUUCGGUACAAUUUUACAAUAUCGCAUAAAUUUGGGUUUUUGUGAUAAAACUGUUUUGGCAUGUUGGCACCUCUGGCUCGUUAAAAAAAAAAAAAAAAAAACUUCAAACAUUCAUACGGUCCUAAUGUUUAUAAUGCUAACAGUAAAAAAAAAAAGCAUAUCUAUUCCUAACAUAGGAAUUUUCUAAAUGAUUUGUGAUAUGAAGAAUAUAUGGAUGUGCAUCCAGUUGAAUGAUACAAUUCAUCAAUUAAUUGUAUUGCCGUAAUAUAUAAUAGGUACAGAGUUGUAUGUUUGUAAAGCACAAAAGGUACUCACCUCGGCACUAUUAUCACAGUACCAUGUACAAACUUCAAAUACGAAGUGCUUCUCAAGAACAGACACUGCAUGCGUAUCCAUGACAUGCCAAGAGACACUUGUACAUACCUCUAACUUUAUUCAUUAACAUGUACGAUUUUUACAUACCACGUCCUCUAUAACUUGCCUGUCUUUUCUCUCUUUUCUCUCAAUGAAGGCUUUAAUUGUAUAUCCCUGUCUGACAACUUAUAAAGCACAUGAGGCUGUGGAUUUUUAAGUCCUGUGGAUGUUUAAAAGGAAUUUGUGUGUGUGUAUGUAUGUAUGUGUGCUUGUGUGUGUAUAUAUAUAUAUAUAUAUAUAUAUAUAUAUAUAUAUAUAUAUAUAUAUAUAUAUAUAUAAACACAUAUAAAGCGUCCCACUGAGGUUGUGUGUGAUUGUGAGUGGGUCUUGUUCUGUGAAAACUUUGGUACAUUUUCUUGGUACAUGCUCUGUAUUGUAAAAGUACGUGGAUUAUUUAAUAUCACGGUAUAAUAUUGUUAUCUUUUUUUUGCAUCAUAGUGAAUUGAGUGUAUUUUAUUUAAUUUCUUUUGUAAACGCAUAUCACUGCAUUUGUUUUGUAUCAUCAUAAUCGUUUUAAAAUGUCAUUUGCCGAUUAAAAACUGCAGUCAUGCUGGAUUCAUUAUAAA